AUGCCUGUCAUCCAGAAGUUCUUUCUGGCUCUGACUCUUGGGGCUUUGCGUUCGCAACGCAUGCUCUGUGGAGUGACGAGGGGAGAGCGAAGAUAUGGCUACAUACGAUCACAUCCCUCAUUUCAUCUUUCGCGUCUUCAGCUUGCCUCGCCUGAAUCACUGCACUUGUGUGGUGAGCGGGGGCUGUGUGACUACAAACGGAAAUGCUGGGAAGGAUUCUUUCACGCCUGUCUGUCGCGCUCUCUGCACCCUCCGAUUUCUCUUGUAUCGCAUGCGCAGGGGCGGAUACCCACUUGUACGCCUUCCUCCCGGAUAACCUCCACCGACUCUGUGGAACCGCGUUCGGCAACAUACCGUCAACGUGUCAUUGGCUUUGUGUCAUUGAGAUCCCCGGCCAGGCGCAUUAACCGAUUUGCACUGUUCUACACACGGAAAGACUCAUGGGACGAUUAUCUCGACGAUCCGGCUAUCGAUUUGGCUGCCGACAUUUGA